UUCUGCAAAGGAAGCGCACUUGUGGUAUGAGGUCUGUGCAGUGGAAUGAGGCAGCAGCACUUAAAACCCCAAAUGAUGAUGUGACAUAACUACGUGAUAGCAAGAGAACUGCUUAGCUUUCUUGUUCAUUCAUCUGAGAGACGCGAAUAAGCACGGUAGCUCCUCGUAUUUGUACUGAGUGAAGAAUUCGCUUGAAGAUCAAGCAAGUGCCAAAUGCCAAGACUAGAGCAACACUGUUGGAGCUGUUCCUGUUCCACAAGGGUGAAGUCUGAGAACAUUUCAAGUGCAAGCUGGUUCGCAUCUAAAGUUGGGGAAAUGAUGACCAUCAUCACAACCAUCCUCAGCAGCGCUUAUGGCUCCCUCCACAACAUACGAACUGCUAACUUAAUCAGGCGCGGUCUCGUUCUUUUCACUGUGGGAGUUUUCCUGGCUUUGGUUCUCAACUUGCUGCAGAUACAAAGAAAUGUCACCUUAUUCCCAGAGGAGGUGAUUUCCACUCUCUUUUCGUCGGCAUGGUGGAUUCCACCUUGCUGCGGCACAGCUGCUGCUGUUGUAGGUUUGCUGUACCCAUGCAUCGAUGACCAUUUGGGAGAGCCACACAAGUUCAAGAGGGAGUGGGCCAGUGUCAUGCGAUGCAUUGCAGUAUUUGUUGGCAUCAAUCAUGCGAGUGCUAAACUAGACUUUGCCAACAAUGUCCAGCUUUCCCUCACGUUGGGAGCUCUCUCACUGGGGCUGUGGUGGACUUUUGACAGAUCCAGAAGUGGAUUUGGGCUUGGUCUCACCAUUGCCCUUCUUGCCACACUUAUUGCUCAGCUUCUGGUCUACAAUGGCGUCUACCAGUAUACAUCACCAGAUUUUCUGUACAUACGUUCAUGGCUGCCAUGCAUAUUCUUCUCUGGAGGAGUCACUGUUGGAAAUAUUGGACGCCAACUAGCUAUGGGCAGUAUGGAGAAACCUCACAGUGACUAGGUAAAGGAAGAGGAGAGGAGGAGAGAGACACAGAGCUGAAGAUAAAGGAAGACAUUUGCAGUGCCAAUGCAGAGAACCUGAACACGGAGACCUCAGACUAUUCAUUUCUGCAAAGAGAUAUUUAAGUGAAAGCUCAUCUUUUGCUCUUGAUUUUACCCUGUUUUUUCUGGGAAACAAAUAGGAGGCCUGGACAUGUUGGAGACAGGUGCCAAUACUUUGGGGGAGUUCCGCACUUCCUUGUGGCCAAAAGGUUCCUCUGUCCACCAUUCUCAUUGGUUAAGCUUACCCUACGGGGAUCAGCAGAACCAAGAUUCUAUCUCUUAUUCUCUAUAGCGAAAAGUUAACUGGUUUCAGUUUUACUGUGUAAGAAUGGACAUUGAUCUUUUUGCAUUAAGUAUAGGUCUGAAAAAAUAAGAAAAAAGGUGGUGCUACAAUGUGUGCUUUUUUGCAUGAGUGCAAGUUGUUCAUGAAAGGGAAACAUUUCAGGGCUUUGCAGAAAUGUCUUGGGAGAUCUUGCACCCUCUUCCACAUUGAGAUAUCAUGGGUAAGUUGAGCUGAGGUCUCAACCCAGUCGCUUCAGUACAAGCACUAUUGGAGCUAAAAAAAUUUCUCUGUUUCAAAUGACCAAAUGGAGUAUUAUACAAAAGUAUCGGUGGGGAGAUAAUUUUUCUUGGUUGCAAGAAAAAAAACCCAGGCAGUUCAGCAUACACCAAAUAGAAACCUGGUCAAAAUGCAAAUUUUGUCUGGAUUCCAGAAUGUUUUUUUUUUUUUUUUUUGUGGAAAAGAGUAUUUGAUUUGUCUUUAAAUGGUGAAUCCACAUCUAAAUUUGCUGCGGAAUUCUAUAAACAAAUGUAAUUGACUUGAGGCUGUAUUUAGAUAUCAGCUCACCUUUUAAAAAUGUAAAAAAAAAAAAAAGUUUUUAAAAUUUGAAUCUAAGGCAGUGUUGGAUGCUGGUCACGUGUGAGGACACAAAAGGGGAGGGAGGACAUGACAUUUUUGCAGAGCCUUCAAAAAUUUGCAAUCUGUGAUUGCCUUUGUAUUAUAGAAAUGAGUGCAUUUGUCACUAUUUAAGUUGAGUUUUUUUGUAAAUAAUUUAUUGUAUAUCGCUUAUACAUAUAAUUGCUUCUCUAUCUAAUCAUAAUGGUAUUGCCAUUCUAGACCUAGUUACCAAGUUUGGGGUCUGGAUGAUUAAAGUGCAAUCAGUUAUACACCUGAGCCUUGUAUUCUUUCAUAUUUAUUACUUCUGAUAUUUGUUACAAGUAAGCAGCAUCUUCAGAAGCAUAUGCAGUACUGAUAUAAAUCGAGCAAUAACACCAGUGUUUAUUUUGUGUCUCAUAAAAUGAAAGAAGCUAUGUCAGAGGUUCCUUGGUGUUCUAAACCCUCACUGCUCCUAAAUGCUUACUUCUUAAUUGUACCAAUGAUCUGUUUCACUGUAAACAGAAAUCAUGUAGAAAUCAUGCUUUUCUCUCCCCACGUAGCCACAUUUGGAAAAGGAGAAACUGAUAUCAGGAAUUAUUUUGCAUAUGAAACGCAAGACUGACCGAAUGUUUUUGGAAGUGUUAAAAGCAAACGGAAAAUGUUUGAUUACACAGUUGAGACGUGCUGCUGCAUUUAGCUCUGUUUGGACCCUGUCCCUGCCUUAGCUCAGGUAGACGAAAGAGUGAAAGCUUUAUUUUAUUUUUGUUUUGUUUGGUUUUUUUUUGGGGGGGGGGGUGGGGGGGCGAUGAAAUUGGCUAUUAAGCACCUUUUUUAAUGUGUAGUGUGUAUGUGUGUGUAUUCAUUGACUUUUCAGAUGUGUAUCAUUUCUAUUACCUUGAAUCGAAGUGAUAAAAAGUAAUAAAUAAAAAAUUCUGACUGCCA